AUGAAAGCAAUUGAUGAACAAUUUGUAAGCUCUGACAAGGCUUUGGCUAGCACCCUUAUGAAGAAACUUGCAAGCAUGACACUUGACAAAAGUAGGAGUGUACGCGAGCACAUUAUGGAAAUGAGGGAUAUUGCGGCUAAAUUAAAGUCCCUUAAAGUUGAGAUUUCUGAAUCAUUUUUUGUACAUUUCAUUCUCAACUCUCUUCCGUCGGAAUAUACUCCGUUUAAGAUCUCUUAUAACACACAUAAAGAAGAAUGGUCAAUUAAUGAACUAUUGACCAUGUGUGUUCAAGAGGAGGAGAGAUUGAAACAUGAGACACCAGAAAGUGUUCAUCUAGUGACUCAUGGGCUUUUUGAACCUAAGGAAGCCAUUGGGAAGUGA